UUGGUGUGAACGCUUUGUGGGCGGGGCCUGGAGUGACUUGCGCUGUAACCCGGAUGUGGCUGCACUCCAAGCCUCUCUCGUUAGAAGCAGGAGCCGGAACACAGUCUCUGAAAACAUGGCCGCCCCAUCUCAGUACAUCCUCCCCAAUGACCUUCCUGUUGCUCUACUGGAUUGUGAGGAGGCCUUCUCUCUACUGUCCACUGAAGAGAAGCUUUACACCCAUUUUCUGUCUCGAGCGUCGUUUUACGGAGGAUUGAUAGUUCUGUUCCAGACAUCGCCUGAAUCUCCAGCCAUAUACGUCUUGCUCAACAGGCUCUUCAGGAGGCAGGAGCCCUCUGUGCUGCAUGAGGUGGCAAAGAACCAAGGGCUGACCGAUGACGAGUACCAGGCCCUCUUAGUCUACACUGCUGGAUUCUUUGCCAACAUGGGAAACUACAAAUCUUUUGGUGAUACAAAGUUUAUUCCUAACAUUCCUAAGGAGAAACUGGAGAAGCUGCUGCGUGCAAGUGAGGCUUUUACAAAGGAUCCAGAGGGAAUGGAGGCGCUAUGGAAGAUGGUGGAAGACCGCUUGUACUCGCUCGAGCCACGAGAGAAGCAGCUGGGACUAGGGGACCAUGGGAUAAGCACUUAUUUUUCUGCAAAUUGCACUAUGGAAGAUGCAGAACUGAUUCAGAAGUUCCUUGACUCUAAGAGUCUUAGUGCCUACAACUCCCGACUCUUCAAAACUCAGGAUGAAGAUGGCAGAGCCAAGUAUGAAGUCCGCCUGGCCUCUGUCAGUAAGGAAGGAUCUGCUGAGGCUGCUUCUGAUCUCUCAAACCUCUUGGGUCAAUUUGAGUUUGAAGGUCACAAGAUCCAAGUUACAAGGGGAGAUUACUCUCCUUUACUUCUCAGGGUGAGGGAGAACCUGGAGAAGGCAAAGGCUAAUGCUGCCAAUGAAAACCAAAGGAAAAUGCUGGAGGAGUAUGGGCGCAGCUUUCAGGAAGGCUCCAUCCAAGCACACAAGGAGGGUUCCAAAUUUUGGGUGCAGGACAAGGGACCAAUAGUGGAAAGUUACAUUGGAUUUAUUGAAAGUUAUAGAGAUCCAUUUGGUUCACGUGGAGAAUUUGAAGGCUUUGUGGCCGUGGUUAACAAGUUAGUGAGCGCUCGCUUUGCUCAGCUCGUCUCCGCAGCAGAGGGCCUCAUAGCAUCGCUCCCAUGGCCAUCUACCUUUGAGAAGGACACUUUCCUCCGGCCGGACUUCACCUCCUUGGAUGUCGUGACGUUCAGCGGCAGCGGCAUCCCUGCUGGAAUCAACAUCCCAAACUAUGAUGAUAUCAGGCAGAGUGUUGGAUUUAAGAACGUUUCAUUGGGCAAUGUCUUAUCAGUUGGCGCUGCGACUGAGCGUGAUAAGCUCACAUUCCUAUCAGAAGAGGACAAGGAUGUUUUUACAAAGUAUCGUGGUCCAUCUUUUGAAGUCCAGGUCGGUCUGCAUGAGUUACUAGGACAUGGCAGUGGAAAGCUUUUUGUCCAGGAUGAGAAGGGAACAUUCAAUUUUGACAAAGAGAAUGUUAUCAACCCGGAGACUGGGGAGCAAGUAAAAAGUUGGUAUAAGCCUGGUGAAACUUGGGACGGCAAAUUCUCUACCAUUGCCUCUUCCUAUGAGGAGUGCAGAGCCGAGUGUGUUGGACUGUACCUGUGCGUCAAUGAAGAGGUGUUACGGAUAUUUGGUCAUGAAUCUCAGGAAGCGCAGGAUAUUUUGUAUGUCAAUUGGUUGAACAUGGUCCGGGCUGGGUUGCUGGGACUGGAAUACUAUACGCCGGAGACCGGCAAAUGGAGACAGGCUCACAUGCAGGCCCGCUUUGUCAUUCUCCGUGUACUCCUGGAGGCUGGAGAGAACUUCGUCACUGUCUCACAGAAAGCUGGAGCAGACGGCCGUCCAGAUGCCCAAGUGUCACUAGACAGGAACAAGAUCAUGAGCGUGGGACUACCGGCCAUCCAGCGUUUCCUGCAGCGAUUGCAGGUCUAUAAAUCUACAGCCAAUGUAGAAGGGGCUCGUGAGAUGUACGACGGAUAUUCCAAAGUCACAGAUGAAGAACCCAACAAGUUUCUCACCCUACGUGACAUCGUAAUACUGAGAAAGGAGGAGCGCAAAUUGUUUGUGCAGAUAAACACUCAGUUGGCAGGGGAUAAUGUAGAAGUCCUGCGUUAUGACAGCACUCCCUCUGGAUUAAUACGGUCAGUCCUGCAGAGAUUCUGCAAUGAAGAGGAGGAUCUGGAGAAGGAAAUGCUGGAACUGAGCUGCGCAGACGCCCUGUACUGGGAAAAACAGAACAGCAGAUGAAGUGUGAAGAAACCGGACUACAUAUUGCAGGACCGUGCUGGGAAAGGGUCAAUGAAGCAAGACUCUGCACAUUCACAGCAUAGAUUUGGGCAACAAUCAGUCUGUAUGUGGUUGUACCAUGAAUGGGAUUAAGUUCUACCAUAAUCAUUUAUACUGGAUAAAAGAAGGAAUGUUUUCAACUAAGUGUCUCAAUAAGAACAGUUAAAGGGGUUAUCCAGGAAAAAAAAUGUUUUAUAUAUCAACUGGCUCCAGAAAGGUAAACAGA